UGGUGCCUACCCGAGUUCAAAAAUUUAGUACAAAAUCACCUAAAAUGGUGUGAAAAGUUUUUUAAAAUUUUAUUGUACCCGAUUAGAGUGUAAUUCUGAAAAAGUUGGAGAAGAUAACGCCAGCCGAUAAGUUAAUAUAUGGAGGCCAGUUGGGAACCAGGUGGUCAGAACAACUGACCUCAUGUCUUUCAUUCUUUUCAUUUGUCACCCAUAUUUAAAAUGAGUACAGGCCUAGAUUCGUAAAAUCAGACGAAACUUAUUGAAUCUUAGUAUUCUUGACCUGAUGUAUUCAAUAUUUUUAUAAUUCCGGUACAUGUACGUAGUAUUAAAAAAAAUAUAUAUUUUAAUAAAGCGAGGUUUAUCAUAAUCUUAAAACGACAUAUCUUUGCAAGGAUCUGCAAUUGCACGAUAACCAUCUUACGGCUAAUCAAUUCUUGUAUUUUCACCUCACUUGCCUAAUGGGAAAAUCCAAACACAAUAUUGCAUUUCGAUGACCCAUUUAGUUGCGAUUUUCCAUUAAAUCCUGUCAGCUCAGUAACUGAUUAGAUAACGGGAUAAUGUAUAUAACGGUCACUUAUUACUCUGCUAAAUUUUGAGUAUAAAUACUCCAACCUAUGGAUAACGUGAAAGCAGAUAAUUUCACGUCCUGUUAGAGUCUACACGUAACUCUGCAACUUUGAAAAUGAAAUUGCUCCUUCUAUUUCUUCUGGGUGUACUGACAGCCUACGCUGCUCCACAAGUUCAACCUGCAUAUCAAUUUGACUCAGGUUCUCUUAUGGUACCAGAGGAAGAUAUUAAUUUGGAUGACGACGGAAAUUUUUCGCUAAGAUUCGUUAACGCUGAUGGAACCAUGAUUCAAGAGGAGGGUGUCCUCGUAACAGAUGAAGAUACUGGUGAGGAUCGACCAUUAAUCAAAAUGGGAGUGUAUUCUUAUACCGGAAAUGAUGGGAAUCCCGUAGCCUUUGUUUACGAUGCGAAUCUAGCGGACAAAUUAGAAACGCAAAAGCAAGAAUUUUCAUAAAUAUGAAAUUUGCCUAAAUGCCAAUAUCAAUUACAGUGGCAAACCUACGUAAACUAAUUAUUGAUAUAGGAACUGUAAUUAUGAUUAAAAAAAUACAAAGUUAGUCAAAGUAUAAAUAAAUCGUAAUUUGAUUAAACGUUUUAUCCGC